AACUAUAACAAUUUUGGUUAACCUGUUCGUGGUGUAUCUUCUGUGGGUGCAGAUAACUUGUUUAUAAGGUUCAUUUAAAAAACAGACAGAGAGACAGGUAGACUUGCCAUUUUUAUUCCAACCGCCAGUGGGAGACGUUAGAGCUGCGCCUGCCUCACGUGUUUUCGUCUUCGUGUUACCCGCUAUCACAGCGAAGUGGGGAAAAAAAUACAAUUACUGGCGCAAAAUGAAGAAAAUAUUUACCGCUGAACAAAUAUCGGACUGGUUCACUUCAGGGAACAGGUUUGCGAACAUUAAACUCACAGAAGAAGUGGCUGAGAGGAAGUCAGACGAUGAACCAUCGUCGAAAGAGAGCAGGUGAUCCUUUCCACCAACAUUGCAGAGAGUUCAGUGACUGUUCCAGAUGUCAAAUAUGUUAUUGACUUCUGUCUGGUUCGCCAAUUGGUGUGUGACCCGGAUACCCAUUACGAGUCUCUGCAUCUCACCUGGGCCUCCAAAACCAGCUGCAACCAACGCAGAGGUCGGGCAGGUCGAGUGUCAAAGGGCUACUGUUACAGACUUGUUACCAAAGAGUUUUGGAAAAAGGAAAUCCCAGACUACAUGAUUCCCGAGAUGCUGCUUGCUCCGCUCUCCACUGUCUUGUUGAAAGUGAAGCUGCUGGACAUGGGAGAUCCCCGCUCCCUCCUCUCCACAGCACUCUCACCUCCCAACCUCUCUGACAUAGUUAGGACUGUGCUGCAACUCAAAGAGAUGGGUGCGCUGUCUGUGAAAAGUGAAAGCAGAGGUCAAAAUGAAGAUGGUGAGCUGACAUUCCUGGGCCGAGUGCUGGCUCACUUGCCUUUAGACCUGUACCUGGGGAAGAUGAUUGUCCUGGGCCACGUCUUUGGUUGCCUGGAUGAGUGCCUCAUCAUUGCUGCCUCUCACUCUCUGAAGAGCUUCUUUGCGAUACCGUCCAUGCAGCAGAUUGCUGGCCAUAGGAGCAAGCUGGCUUUUACCCGUGGCACACCAAGUGAUUCCAUAGCUUUCCUAAAUGCCUUCAAGGCAUGGCACUCAGCCAAGAAGAAAGGACAGCUGAGGCACCCAAAGGAUGAACUGGACUGGGGAAAGGAGAACUUCAUUCAGAUCAAGAGGAUCAGAGAGGUUGCAGAGCUGUAUGAGGAGCUGAAGAAGCGUGUGUCCCAAUUCAACAUGAAUGUAGCAGAGGAAAGCCAGUUCUCAGACUACACCAGUGCACGCAAGCAGGCAUUCAUUCUUCAGGUGGUCAUUGCUGGUGCGUACUACCCAAACUACUUUCUCCAGGUGGAUAUAGAUGAAGCCCUGGCUUCCAGAGAGCUGAGUGGCUUCAACCCCAGAACGACAGUGAUGUUGAGGAACCUUCCACCGUACAGUUUCCUGUAUUACAAGCAGCUGCAGUGCCUGUUCCGCCUCUGUGGACAGGUCAAAGCCAUUUCCUUUGAUAGCUCCAGAGCAUAUGUGGAGUUCUACAGGACAUCCCAGGACUCUGGUGUGCUACCUGAAGUGUCUCUUGCCCUCCUGCUGGCCCAUCAGAGCCCUGCAAUGGAGCUGUCAGUCUACCCCAUUGAACAAAUAGAAAACUGUGCUGGGAACAGACACAUAACUCACAUGAAAUAUUCACGCGUGAAUGUUGACUUCCAGAGCCAGUCUGUCUGCCCAGUGGGAGUGGUCAGCAGCACCAUCGACCCCGCCAAGCUACCCCCCAAUCGCUUGUUUGUGGUGAACAUCACAAAAGUGGUGGAGGUUGGUCAUUUCUGGGGGUUCCAAGCAGAUGAAGCCAGCUUGGAAAAACAGCGCCAAAUGACAGCAGAUAUUAACACAUGCACGCUGCAUCCUUUAACUGUGUCGCUCUACCCCAACCUGCUGUGCCUGGCUCCCUACUCUGAGUUCAGUGAGCAGAACAUGUACUACCGUGCCAAGAUCCUACACAUGCGUGGCAACACAGUGGAGGUCUUCUUUUUGGACUAUGGCAACAAUGAGAUCGUUUCCUGCAGCAGCCUCAGAGAGCUGCCGUCUGAUCUGCUGUCUCAUCCUUUCCAGGCUCAGGAGUUCCAGGUCACUGGUAUGCGUCCUUCAAAUCAGUCCAUCAUUCUGGGGAACCAGUGGAGCAGCCGCGCCCGCAACCGCUUCAUCAAUCUAGUGAAGGGCCAAUCUCUCAUCAUGUCCCUGUACUCCAUCCUCUAUGGUGUGAUGCGUGUGGAUCUGCUCAUCCACUCUGAGACAGCAAACACCAGCGUGGUAGACUUGCUGGUGGAAGAAGGACAUGCUGUGAAGGCUGAAGAGAGCUUUGACUCCAAGCAAAACCAUGAGGUGCUGAUGUCUCUGUACAAGGACAUGGAGGAAGGUACAUAUGUGCCCAACUCUGUAAGCAACACCUGGAGCAACCGCAAAAAAGAGGAGAAGGAGCUCAUCGACAGCCUGCUUACCCACUUUUCCAAGCAACCCCAGUCCUAUUCCAGGACAAAAGUUCGUCUGCAUGGACCAACCAGUCCUCAUAUGAUGAGCUUCCACAGCUUGAGGAGCAACACGCUCUACAAGACUGUAUGUAUAGAGAAGAACAGCAUCAACUCCUUGGCUCUGAAUGAAAACCCACAUUGCAGUCAUCAGAAGAUGCUGGUGGCUGGGACUGUGUCAGUCAGCUCCACAGGUACCCGUAUUCUGCUGAGAGACACCUCCAUUUUGCCAGACAUCCCUGGACUGCCUGCACUUGUAAUGAUGCUCUUCACUCCCAUCAUGGAGCUACGCACUGAUGAAGAGAGAACCUGCUACACUGGGGCACUCUGUGGCUUAGGCUUCAACAGUCAGAAACAGGAGGCCAUCCUGCUUGAACAUGACAUCGAACUGUCCUUUGAUGUGAAGAUUGAUGUUGACGACAUCACUGAGAUAAAUGCUCUACGAAUGGCUAUAAACCACCUCGUGUGCGAAGGCCCCAAUGGCACUCUGCAUCUGGGGACUGACAGGAUCAGGCAGCUGCAGGAGGACUGUCGGGACCGCCUCAUCAGACUGUUCACGAAGUCUCCGCCAAGGGAAGCGAUUGCUCCCCAGUUGUUUGAAAAACUGGGAAAAUGGAACCAGGUGGAUCCUUCUCUGAGGAUGGACAUCGUGGAGCCGAGAGGUGGAAACGCCAGAGCCGUUCUCUACCAGCUACACCCUGUAACUGUGCUCAACAACUAAAAAUGAUUGUUUAAGUAUUUAGAAAUUGUUUAAAUGUUGCAUUGUGAUUUGGUUAACUUCAAUUUUACUUUAACUGUUGUUCGGAGGAGGUUUUUUUUUUUUCCCCACACAAGUUUCAAGUCCAAUUUUUGUUGUAGCUUUCAUCCUAACAGGAAAAUCCUCCUUCCUUUCUUCAUUUACGGUUACUUAGACACUUCCUGUUUAACUUGGUGGCUGCUGAAGUUCAUUGAUAAGAUUCAGCCUCUUUGCCUUGUUGUGUUUCUGCAGUUGGUCAUUAAAAAUAGUUGUCUGCAACAGA